AAAGGUCAAAGAUUGCCAUGUGCACACUGCUGAUGAGUGUUGUGUCGUCGUUAAAACUCUACAUGACAUAUUUUGUACAGUGAAGCAUAUUUUAGAGUCUUAAAGGUCAGAUUUAUCCAUAAUUAUGGCAGAAUCGGAAUUGCCAAAUGGAUACGGCAAUGUACCACUUUUUAGAGAAUUAACAGCGGAAGAUGUGGGUGAUUUGGAGACCACAGAAAUUGAAAGUUUGUGCAUGAAUUGUCACGAAGAUGGAACCACAAGACUUCUCCUGACUAAGAUUCCAUUCUUCCGCGAGAUCGUUCUCAUGUCGUUCUCUUGCCCGCAUUGCAAUUUCACCGAUAAUGAAGUACAGCCGGCUGGUAGAAUACAGGACAAGGGAUGCCGAGUUGAUGUUCACAUACUCACCCAAAAGGAUCUAAACCGACAAGUUGUUAAAUCAGAUACAGCCAGCAUCAAAAUACCUGAACUGGAUCUUGAGAUUCCUGGUGGAGCACAGAAAGGCACUUUCACCACUGUGGAGGGCAUCAUAGAUAGAGUGACCCAAGGAUUGGAACAAGAACAGCCUGUCAGAAAGGUUAUGCAUCCAGAAGUCGCAGCUCAAAUUGAUGACUUCAUCGUCAAGCUGAAGCAUCUCUCGCCCCCGUUUCACAUCAUCUUGGAUGAUCCAGCUGGAAACAGUUUCAUCGAGAACCCCAAGGCUCCCGAGGCGGACCAAGCUCUGACGAUCAACAUGUACACCAGGACCAAAGAGCAGAACACCGCUCUAGGGUUAGCGGUCGAGGAUGAUGAAGAUCGUCUCAGUGAUGUGGAAGAAACUUUGGAACCUAAAGAUGACGGAGUCUCUAAAGUCACCGAUGAGGUCUUUCAGUUUGAUGUCAACUGCUCCAACUGUAACGCUCCGACGAAAUCAAAGAUGAAAUUAGUCAACAUCCCACACUUCAAGGAAGUGAUUUUGAUGGCCUUCAAUUGUGAGUCUUGCGGGAUGAAGAACUCUGAGGUCAAAUCCGGGGCCGGGAUCGAACCGAAAGGCAAAAAGAUCACUCUGAAGAUGACCGAUGCAGUCAUGGAUCUUAACCGAGACGUCUUGAAGUCCGACACCUGCAGAUUCACAAUUCCAGAGAUGGAUUUUGAGCUGAUGAUGGGAACGCUUGGUGGCAAGUUUACGACUCUAGAGGGAAUCUUAACGGAUAUCAAGAACCAGCUGUUGCGACCGUUCGCCCUGAUGAGGGGGGGGGACAGUGCCACCAAAGAGUCUGGCGGUAAACUCCGGACGUUCAUCGACAAACUUGAUGAGAUAAUUUCUGGUAAGAUUCUGGUGUCAGUUGUACUGGAUGACCCUGCUGGUAAUUGCUACAUACAGAAUUUGUAUGCUCCUGACCCAGACCCUGAGUUGACAGUAGAGGAGUACGAGAGAACAGAAGAACAAAAUGACGACCUCGGACUGCUAGAGAUGAAGACGGAGAAUUACUUCGAUGAAGAGGACACAGCCUCAUAACAUCAUCAGAGGUUCAUCAUUUAAGAGAGAGUCCAAUACUUAACAUCAUUAAAGCACCUUGUAAACCAUUUCUAAGGUGCUACAAAAAUGGGUCUCAUAGUUCAUAAACGUCAUAACUCGUCUUUUAAUGUGUUUCUCUUUGUUCAAGCUCCAUUAGCACCUUAUUGGUGGAUAGGUGCGCUAUUUAAUUAAUAAUUCAAUUUAUAGUCAAAGGUACGUUUUAAGCAGAAAAAAUUAUGGUGUUACUGUCAUUUGAGGUAAUAGUAUGUUAAAAAGGUCCUUACAUAGAAGUUUUAAAUUGAACCAUUGUUUAAAGGUACUGGACACUGUUGGUAAUUAUUUAAAAUAAUUGUUAGCAUAAAAACUUACUGGGUAACAAGCAAUG